CCCAUGAACCAAACGCAGCCUUAGCUAAACAAAACCUUGCCAAAAGUCACACUCAGAAACCCCACUCUCUCGUCUCUCCCAAUUCCUCCUUCAUCUUCCCGCCAUUUUUUCCGUCCCAAAUACCCACUGCCAUUAAGAAACGAAAGCUAGCUGGAGUCUCUCGUGCUGAGAGAUCGCCGGGCUCGUAAUCGGAGCUCCGGUGGCUUCCGAUGGUGAUUUCCAGAGACGUCCAAGAGAUUGUCUUAAAGCUCUCGUCCGAUAAAGCCAGGACUCGAGAAGAAGGGAUAAAGUUGUUGAAUACAUGGUUAGAAGGAGAAAGAUCGAUUGGUUUCUGUAAAUAUCUUGGAAAGAACACUGCAGAGCUUAUACCAGAUGAGAUUCCUCACUCUGAAACCUGGCCUUUUUUCACUAAUAUGCUCGUUCAGUGCGCUUCGUUGGAGAUAUCCUCAAGCAAGCGACCAAAGUUGAUAUUUGCAAAGACUCUACGGGUAGUGGUUCAGCGAGCAGAGGAUGAUAAUUUUUCAGGCAAGCCAUUGCCUUUGUUACCUGUGGUUAAAAAUCUUUUUAAUCAUAUAUGGGAGGUUGUAAAAAAUGUCACAAGCUUUCAAUCGGAAUAUGGGAUUGUUCUCCGGCAUCUAUUGGCUGUCAGAGAUUAUCGAUUUCACAUGAGGAAGGACAUCUAUUGCAGGCUGGUGAAAAAGUACAUGAAGUUGGUAGAGGACAGCUGGGGUGGUAAGAAUGAUAAUCAAUAUCAUCCCAAGGAGGAGGUCUUUCGCUGCAUUCUUACACUCCAUGCGCUUUUGGAGAAUCCGCCUGGAGAUUUCCCACAUAAUCUCAGGGAAGACAUUGUUAAGCGUUUUAUCAAAAUUUUAUAUUUCAUUAGGGACGAGGGAAAGAUUUCGCGAAAACUUAUUGAGUGUAUCAAUACAUUUUUGAUAAAAGAUGGUCCAAAUUUGGAUUGUGAAUCCUUGGAGAUCCAUAAUGCAGUGCAGCAAUUUGUGUUCCGGUGUUGGCUGACAACCCAUGAUCGAGCCCUUAAGGAUGUACUUAUUCUUUAUGCAAGGUUACAGCUGAAUAUUACUAGAGGUGCUACUGAUGGGAGCAUUUUGGUACAUCAACUUCUAGACAUAAUUUACAAGGAGCUAGAUCAAAGCUAUAUAUCCAAUAAUAAUGUGCCUAGGACUGAUGCAACUAAAGAUGACAAGUUUGGUACUUUGAGUAGCUCACAUUGUGGUCUGGUUGAGCUUGCAGCCACUGUACUUUAUCGGGCUUGUACUAACAUGACUAAAGCACCAUCAACUGAAAAGCGGGUCAAGAGAGAGCAUGCUGCUGCCCAUUUAAGAGAGGCUCUCAUGAAAGGAAAAUGGUUAUGGAAUGCUUCAUUUUGUUGUCUGACUCGUAAGUACUACACACGCAUUAGUAAGGAUAUUUUCAUCUACUGGUUCGAGGGCAUAUGCACAAGCUUUCAAAGAAUUUUGAAUGAUGCAAAUAUGGUGCAUGCUUAUGAUGAUUUGCUCUGGACCCUGAGGAGCUUGCAGGAACUCUCUUCUGUGUUGCUUCUAGAUCUGAAGCUGACGAAGCCAUCAAGCUCCUCGUGCUUGAAUGAGUUUGAUUGUGGUUGGCAAGUUGUGUGGACUUGCCUGAUGCAGGGGUUGCCAUUGUUCAGUAAUGUAACUCCAGUUGUAGAUGCCGCUAUGGUGCUCCUUGGAAACAUAAUAUCAAAUGAUCUUAUUUACACAUGUGUUGUACCUCAGGAUGUUUGGGAUCUUAGGUUAUUUAAACAAAUGCCAUCAGUGUCUGUCUUGUAUUUUAUUUCGUGUUACUUCUCAAAGAAAGUUUCACAAGGUGAUGUUCGAGACAUUUUACAUCUGAGAAAAAACCUCCUGAGAUCAGUUUUGGGUCAACUUAAGUGGAUGGAGUCUUCUGUGCUUAAUGAGCAGUUGGUGUUAUUGUUACCUGCAGCUGUUUAUUCUCUGUGUGCUGGUAGUGCUCCUUUUGCUCAAUGCUGUAAAGAGCUUCCUCUAUCUUACUCUUUUGUAGGUGUUACUGAGGCUUCAGAGAAGCCAGAAGAAUCUGAGCACAAUUGUAUGCAUGGGCUAUUUGACUGCACCGUGGAAGUUCUCGCUAAUAUUGAUCCCAGCUCUAGCGUUGAGGUUUUCCCAUCCCAAACCCAUCCAAGUGUAUGGCUCCCCCCGCAGAUAAGGGAUCCACUGCUUUUUGAGAUGGAGACCCUUAUUCUUGGAGCUCUAGUAGACAAGGAGAUGGGAAAGAGGCCUCUAUCUGAUGUAUUCUUUAUAUGUGCUCUAUUGUCAAACUUCAUCUAUGGUUCAGUCUUGACGAGGCAAAGAGAGGAAGCUUCAUCAUUCCUUUCAAAAUUGGGCCAAUACCUUUUAGAAUGGCUCAACUGUGCAGUUCAUGUCACCCAAGGAAACCACAAUGAUUUUCUGGCUCUUGGUUGCUUGGGCUCUGACUUUGCCUCUAAUGGAACAAGCUCUAUUGUUGCUUCCUUAAGGAGUUUUGUUUACUCCCCUAUCUUCAGUAGGUGGAAAGAUCAAAAUCAUAUGGAUGUUGAACUUUAUGGUUCCAUCAUCCAAUUGAUGGAGAGGUUUUUAAAAGCACUGGCUAAGGUGUAUGAAGUUUACGCUAAUGGUGUAAGUAGUCAUAAGUUUGACGUGGCCCUACAAGACUUAUCAGCAUGUGAUACCCAAAUACAAAAUUCUUGUCCUUCUGGUAGCCAGAAAAGUAGGAUUGUGGACAUGGAGUUGGAUGUUAAUGAAGAUUCCAGAGAUGUGGAUGUAUUAACUGUUGGUGGUAAAAUUGCCGGUAGGGUAUCCUCUUCUGUAGAGAAAUGGAAGCUGGACAUGAUAUUGCUGAUUUCAGAUUUUUUCCCAGUUUUGCACGUUACCUGGGAUGUCCUGUUUGAACUCCUGUUGAAAGAAAGUGAUCAGAUGGUGCGGGAAAAAAUUCUACUUAGUCUUUGUCAACAUCCAUACUGGUCAUCUCCUGAAAAUGUUACAGACAUGGUCAAUUUAAUGAAUGAAAUGGUUAAGAUGCAAGUCAGUCUUAAACUUGAUUGUGUUAAGAUAUUAUCUGCUAUUCAUGGUUUGCUGGGCGCUUUAUCAUCCUUGGACUCUAUCAGGAAGGAUAAAUUUGUUGGCGUCUCGUUGGGGCAAAGAGGAUCUAAGCAGAACUUGAUGGAUCUUGGAGAUGUGGUGAACAAAGUUGCUGAAUGUGAUCUUCUUGACUGGUUUGGACGCACUAAGCUAAUUAAUUGCAUAUGCGAUUUUGUUUUACUUAGUCCUCAAAUUGGUCAGACACUGAUUGAAAGGUUGUUGUUGAUGCUCCGAGAUCCUGAUUAUCGAGUUCGGUUCUCCCUAGCCAGACGAAUUGAUGUUCUUUUCCAAACAUGGGAUGGACAUGAGGAAUUAUUCCAUGAUAUCUGUUCCAACUUUGGUGUGUUGUUGGUGUUUCCCUCAAAAGAAAAACCUGUUGCUGCAAGUGAGGUGGUAGCUGUCGGUCCACAGCCUCGUCCCACAGUGGAAACUGUUAUUAUCACUCUUAUGCAUCUUGCUUUGCAUAGUGAGAAAAUAGAGUUUGAGGCUGUGUUCAUGAUAUGUGUGGUUUCUGCUAUUGAUCCUGGUCAGAGGGAAUUGGUUGUCGUAGUACUUGAUAAUCUCUCCAGGCAGCUGCAUUAUACAACUAGGUUCAAGUACUUGGAGGAGCUUAUGGGAUCAAUUCUCUUCUGUUGGAUUGCUUGUGGUGUAAGCCUUGCUGCUCUUGUUGAGAUAAGGCAAUUAUUUGUAUCAGAUUCCGAACCUAGUUAUUUCAUGCAGUAUUGCUGCCAUUGGCUUCUUCCGGCUCUACUUCUGCAUGGGGAUCACUGCAAUCUCAGCUGGGUUGCUAAGAUUGCUUGUCAACCUCUGGAAGUUCUGGUGAAAAAUCACUUCGUGCAGAUUUUUUCAGUUUGCAUGGCAUUGCAUUGCAGUAAGAAAUCUGGGUGGGAAAAGGGAGCAGAUGUGCUUCAGAAUUCAAUUUUGCAUCUUGCUCAGAUAUCUGAGAAUGAACGAGACAAACUCAUCAAGAAAAAUAUGGUAUCUAUUGUCAGCCACAUUCUGUCUCUUUCCUCGUCUGCAUCAAACCCUUCAGUUCCAUUCUUUUCUAGGGACGCGAUUGCACGUGCAAUUCAGACAGUUGUUGACGGAUUUUUGGAGAUGGAGGAUGAUGCUACAAGUGUCUGUGUUGUUGACAAGAUAAACAUUUUUCGCCCAGAUAGGGUUUUCAUGUUUAUAGUGGAACUGCAUCAUAAGAUUGCAGCGGCAGCCCACCAUAGGCAUACAUGUCACCGACUGACUGGAGUUGAGGUGCUUAUAGAUAUUCUUGGGUAUAGAGCUGCUGUUGCAAGCACUUCCAAUUAUCUUUUCAAUUUGGUUGGUCAAUUCAUUGGUUGCUGUGCUUUACAAGAUCAAUGCUGUCGUAUCAUUUCUGCAUUGCUGAAAACUUUUAAAAGUAAUCUAUCCAAAGAAAUUAUCAGUGUUCUGGGUGAGCAACUUCAGUUUUUAGUGUCAAAGUUGGUGGCAUGUUGCAUUCCCUCUGAAGCUAAGGGAGAACAAUCUGGCAGCAGAUCAUCCCAAGUCUUAUCUUUGCUCCUCGAGCUCACUGUGGAUUCUGAUCCAUCUCUUUAUGAUUACAUCAGAGAAUUGGAGCCCUUCCCAGAAAUAGAUAUCUUUGAUGGGAUUCGGAAGUUCCAUCAGGAUUUAUGCCGAGCAUACUCUCCACGAGAUCAUUUGUUGAAGUUUGUUAAGAGAUCCUGCUACCUUCCGCCAAGAUUACUUCUGUGGAGUCUCCAAGCACUGCACAAGAAGUUUCUUUUGGGUGAGACAUUUCAAAGUGAAAAGAAUACAUAUUGGCAUUGUGACCAGGAAAUUAUCAGUGCUGUCUGGACACUGGUCCGCAUGUGUGGCUCGGAUGAUACAAACACUGUUAGAGUUUUGCUCUCUGAUUUCAUAUCUAGGGUUGGUAUUGGGGACCCACAUUGUGUUGUUUUUCGUCUUCCAGGAAACUCUAGUGAUAUCCAUGUCUACCAACCUUUUAGUCACGACUCUUCUACAGAAGUCAAAUUUCAGAUGGAUACUGGCUUAUCUGAAGAACUUGUGGUUGCACUUUUGAAACUUCUGAAAAAGUACCUGAUGGAUGAUUCCGUUAAAAUAGUUGAUAUGACAUCUCAAGCUCUUCGGGGAGUUCUUUCAACUCAAAGGGGUCAAAGUACUAUGUUGUCAUUUGAUUCUUAUGAGAGGUCUCUUAUUGAGGUUCACUCAAAGGGUGUCAAUAUUGAGCUGGUGGAGAAGCUCCUUUUCGAUCUGGAAAUUAAGUUUAAAGCUGAAGCAAUUCCAUUAGAGAAUUCUACUGUAUGGGUGACAGAUGGUAAAACUUUCGAUACAUGGAUUUGUCAACUUGUCUACUCACUAAUUGGCUAUUGCAGUGAUGUGAUUCUGAGAUUAUGUCAGGAUGUUGUGUUGGCGAAAGCUGAAGUUGCUGAGCUUCUAUUACCAAGCCUUGUUGUCAAUCUUGCUGGAAGGAAGGAUAUGGAUGUUGAUCUCCUCAAAUUAAUCUCUUUACAGGUGCAGGAAUAUAUAUUUACAGACUCUAAUACGUUAAUCAAAUCAAUUCAAAUUUGGUUGAAUGCCCUUAAUGAACUUCGGUUAUGUCAUGUGAUGCAAAGAACUUCUUUGUUGCCAUCGAAGGCAGAAAUUUCCAAGAGUGCUAAGCCUUCUAGUUAUAGCUCCAAAUCCCGUUCCACCCCUGGAAAGACUGGAGAUUCAGGUCCUAUGUUAAGUGGAACGGCAAUUGCGACAUCUUUAUGGGACAAGGUUUAUUGGCUUUCUAUUGAUUAUCUUAUCGUCGCCAAGUCAGCAGUUAUUUGUGGCAAUUACUUUACUGCCGUGAUGUAUGUGGAGCAUUGGUGUGAAGAGCAUUUCAACAACCUCACACUGGGGAGCCCAGAUUUCUCCCACAUUGAAGCGUUGCCACAUCAUAUUGAAAUACUUGUCGCAGCUGUCACUCAGAUCAAUGAACCUGACAGCUUAUAUGGGAUCAUCCAGUCACACAAGCUGACCUCUCAAAUCAUUACCUUCGAGCAUGAGGGAAACUGGAGCAAGGCCCUUGAGUAUUAUGACUUGCAAGUACGUUCAGCUUCCUUGGUACCAGUGGAUUUUGGUUCCAGAAAUUUGUCACUGGAAGAGACUCAACCAACAGAUCAUUUAUCCAAUCCCACAUUGGAAAAUGCGAUGAAGCAGAGGAAACCUUAUAAAGGUCUGAUUAGAUCUUUGCAGCAAACUGGCUGUAUGCAUGUUCUAGAUUUGUAUUGCCAAGGAUUGACAACUCGGAAGGGACACUUUCAUCAUGAUCUGGAGUUUACUGAAUUGCAGUAUGAGGCUGCUUGGCGUACUGCAAACUGGGAUUUCUCCUUACUUCACGUUGGGAAUAAUUCUGUGUCAUCAAGUAUGCACAUCAAAAGUGAUCAUUUUAAUGAAAAUUUGCAUAGUUGUUUGAGGGCACUGAAAAAGGGAGAUUUCAAUGAGUUUCACGGAAAGCUGAAAAACUCAAAGCAGGAGCUUGUGUGGUGUGUUUCUCGUGCUAGUGAAGAAAGUACUGAACACAUAUAUUCAGCAAUAAUUAAGCUCCAGAUCCUUUAUCAUCUUGGCAUGGCUUGGGAUUUGCGUUGGACAUCAUCUCAUUAUGGUGGGGGUAUAAAUUUUCAUCCAGAGAUGGAAGAAGUGAAUUCUGAACCUGUAAUCCCUACCAUAAAUCAGUUAUCUUGGCUGAACAUGGAUUGGAGUUCCAUUUUGGAACGGACCCAGUUACACAUGAAUUUACUAGAGCCUUUGAUAGCGUUCAGGCGAGUUCUACUUCAAAUCUUAAGUUGUAGGGACUGUAUGGUGCAACAUCUUCUGCAGUCCACAUCUACCCUCCGUAAGGGUUCUAGAUUUUCUCAAGCAGCUGCAGCUCUGCAUGAGUUUAAGUUCCUCUGUGUCGAAUCAGGAGAGCAAGAUUCGUCCAUAUAUUGGCUUGGAAGGCUUGAAGAAGCUAAGCUUUUGCGUGGCCAAGGUCAGCAUGAGAUGGCAAUCAGCCUCGCAAAAUAUGUCUCACAAAAUUUCCUGUCAAAUGAAGAGUCUUCAGAUGUUCAUCGCUUGGUUGGGAAGUGGCUGGCAGAGACUAGAUCUAGCAACUCGAGAACUAUUUUAGAGAAGUAUUUGAAGCCUGCUGUUUCACUUACUGAGAAUCAGAAGGCUGCAGACAAGAAGUCCAGAGAUAGACAAAGCCGAACACAUUUUCAUCUUGCACACUAUGCAGAUGCUCUAUUUAGGAGUUAUGAGGAAAGACUAACCUCUAAUGAGUGGCAAGCAGCCAUGCGUUUAAGGAAACACAAGACAAUGGAAUUGGAAGCACUUAUUAAACGGCUAAAAUCUUCGACAAAGGGGGAGAAGAUUGACUACUCUGUCAAAAUUCAAGAGCUGCAAAAGCAACUUGCAAUGGACAAGGAGGAGGCCGAAAAACUUCAGGAUGACGGGGACAAUUUCCUUAACCUAGCAUUGGAGGGAUAUCAACGUUGUUUGGUUGUUGGCGACAAAUAUGAUGUGCGAGUGGUUUUUCGGCUAAUUUCCCUGUGGUUCUCUCUCUCUUCUAGAAAAAAUGUCAUAGACAGCAUGCUUACUGCAAUCACUGAGGUUCAGUCUUACAAAUUCAUCCCUUUAGUAUACCAAAUUGCUUCGAGAGUGGGUAGCUUGAAGGAUUGCCCUGGACCUCGUAAUUUUCAGUUUGCCUUGGUUUCUCUUGUAAAGAAAAUGGCUAUUGACCAUCCAUACCAUACUAUCUUUCAGCUUCUAGCAUUGGCAAAUGGUGACCGUAUCAAGGACAAGCAGCGCAGUAGGAACUCAUUUGUGGUAGAUAUGGAUAAAAAGCUUGCAGCAGAGAAUCUUUUACAAGAGUUAACAUCAUAUCACGGAGCUAUGAUAAAUCAAAUGAAACAAAUGGUAGAGAUCUAUAUCAAACUUGCUGAACUAGAAACAAAGAGAGAGGAUACCAAUAGAAAGGUAAUGCUACCAAGAGAACUGCGUAAUCUUCAACAGCUGGAACUUGUGCCUGUUGUGACAGCUACCUUUCCCAUUGACCAGAGUUGUCAAUACCAUGAAGGCUCUUUCCCCUACUUCAAAGGAUUAGGGGAUUCGGUUAUGGUAAUGAAUGGUAUAAAUGCUCCAAAGGUGGUCGAAUGCCUAGGUUCUGAUGGCUGCAGGUACAGACAGCUGGCAAAAUCUGGAAAUGAUGAUCUAAGACAGGAUGCUGUAAUGGAACAAUUUUUUGGUUUAGUCAACACCUUUCUACAGAACCACCGGGAUACAUGGAAAAGAAGAUUAGGAGUGCGCACAUACAAGGUAGUUCCAUUUACUCCAAGUGCUGGUGUUCUUGAAUGGGUUAAUGGCACUCUUCCUCUUGGUGAAUAUCUUAUAGGAAGCAUGAGAAAUGGAGGUGCCCAUGGUCGCUAUGGAGUGGGGGACUGGUCAUUUCAUAAAUGCCGAGAACAUGUGGCAAAUGGAAAGGACAAGCGCAAGGCAUUCCAGGAAGUUUGUAGGAAGUUCAGGCCUGUCAUGCAUCAUUUUUUCUUGGAGAGAUUCUUGCAACCAGCUGACUGGUUUGAAAAGAGACUUGCAUACACGCGAAGUGUUGCUACUAGUUCAAUGGUUGGUUAUAUUGUUGGCCUUGGAGAUCGACAUGCUAUGAAUAUCUUAAUUGAUCAAACCACUGCAGAAGUUGUUCAUAUAGAUCUUGGUGUUGCCUUUGAACAAGGCUUGAUGCUUAAAACACCAGAACGGGUUCCAUUCAGACUUACAAGGGACAUCAUUGAUGGAAUGGGUGUCACUGGAGUGGAAGGGGUUUUCAGAAGAUGCUGUGAAGAAACUCUUUCUGUUAUGAGGACAAAUAAAGAAGCACUACUGACCAUCGUUGAAGUUUUUAUUCAUGAUCCACUUUAUAAGUGGGCUUUAUCGCCUCUGAAAGCUUUGCUGCGUCAAAAGGAAACGGAUGACGACUUGAAUUUAAGCUUGGAAGGCUUGCAAGAUGGAUAUGAAGGUAAUAAGGAUGCUGCACGUGCGUUGAUGCGUGUAAAACAAAAACUAGAUGGAUACGAAGAAGGAGAGAUGCGAAGCAUACAUGGACAGGUUCAACAACUUAUACAAGAUGCUAUCGAUCCUGAGCGUCUUUGUCAACUGUUUCCUGGAUGGGGAGCAUGGUUGUGAUGGAUUUUUCUCCAUCAGCUUAGUCAUAUCCCAACAGCUUCGAAUCAUCUUGUAUAGGCGGCAUUAAAUUUUAUCAAGUUUUGUGAUCUGUUCCUUUCUUCUGUAUAUAUUCCCGAGGAUACGAGGUGUAGUUGGUCCAUGUAUAGUGUGCUCCAAUGCUUAUGGCAGCUAGUUGCAUCAGGUCAAUUAGAUUGUAAUUAUGUAAGCAAUAAUGUAUAUCGUUUGGGUGGUGUGGGUUUAAUUUCCUUUGUGCGUCAA